GAAGACACNCAAAGUGAUAGCCAACGCACUUUCAAAUUCCUGGGUAACCUCCAAAACAACAAGGAAAGACCCAAGAAAGAACCAAUACGUUUAAAAAACAAACUGCUUACCACCGACUUCGAAAUAGCUAACUACUUUGCAAGGUUCUAUUUCCACAAGCAAAAGAAAAACCCUUUUGUCAGAAAAUCUUUAAGAGAUUUAAAGAUACAAGUAAGACAGAUGGGUGAAAUUAAGGAAGACAUGACAACACCAAAUAAUGUACUUACUAAACCAUUCAGACCUUGCGAACUUAAUGCUGCGAUAAAACAGCUAAAGUGCAAGAAGUCUCCUGGCGAAGACGGUAUUCAUCCGGAAUUUCUAAUUAGAAUGGGACCAAAAGCCAAGGAAACCAUGCUGACGCUUUUCAACAAAAUCUGUGAGACCAGUCUCGUACCUAAGCAAUGGAAAGUUGCCAUAGUAAUACCGGUACUAAAAAGGGCAAAUACCCUAGCAACUUUGACAACUAUAGGCGAAUACAAGAGCAAUCCACAAGAUGCUCUAGCGAGAUUUCAGGAGACCCAGAUGGCACAAGUUCGUGCAAAGGCAGAAGCAGCCGCAGCGGCAGCCAAUUUACCCAGUUACUAUAAUCCACUCUCCGUGAAUGCUGCAAAAAUGGCAGAGCAACAGCAGAAGAGAAAACUCCUCUGGUCUAAAAAGAGUAGGGUAAAUGAAGCAUUUGUUAACUCCCUGUUAACGCAUCGAUGUUUUCCAUUUUUUAAGGAUGCUAAAUCGAAUUUGUGGAAGACAACGUCAUUGGUAGCUGGAAAAGGCGAUUCUGUUGCCGCGGCCAAAUUUUGCAAGUUGAUGGGAAUUCACGAUGUCGGAGAACUCAACACUGAAAAGCCAGGUGCAUCCACAAGCAAGGCUCGUGAACAGGCUGACCUCUUCAGGAAAUUGGAGCAAGAGUAUGAGCAAUCGCGGACUCUAACUCAUACCCAACGAGGUGUUGGUUUGGGCUACUCAUCGGCUAUGACCGAUUUUAAUGCAUAUAGUGCUAUGAGACAGGGUGGAGCAGGUAAUGAUCCGGAUCGACUAAAUGAUGAAUAA